AUGGUUAAUCUAUUAUUAAAUAAUAAUAUAAUACCACCAAUUUCGAUUAAAACUUUAAUAAUAUGUUUAAUUUGGUAUUUUAUAUCAUCAAUAACUUCACAAUUAACUAAAAUUAUAUUAACAAAAUUUACUUAUCCAUUAUUUUUAUCACAAUGUCAAUUUUUAAUUGGUGCAAUAUUAGCUUAUUUAUUUAUUUAUUUAACUAGAUCAAAUCCAAAAUUUAUAAAUUAUUUUCCAAAGGGAAGUAUACCAUCAAUUGAAACUCAUAAACAACCAAUAUUAUCAAUUUCCAUAUUAUUAAAAAUUUUCCCAUUAGGAUUAUUUCAAUUUUUAGGGAAAUAUUUUUCAUUAAGUGCUACUUCAUUAAUUCCUUUACCUACUAUAUCAAGUAUUAAAGCAUUAAGUCCUUUAUUAAUUGUUCUAGGUUAUAGAAUUAUUUAUAAAGUUAUUUUCCCUUUAAUUACUUAUUUAUCAUUAGCACCACUUUUAAUUGGAGUUAUAUUAAUAAUAACAUCAGAUUCUAUAAAAAAUCCAAAUUCAAAAACUAAUUUAUUAACUAAUGAAGUAAAUGAAAUUGAUCAAAAACAAAUUAAUGGUAUAUUAUUAUGUUUAAUAAGUACUAUUAUAUUUGCAGGUCAAAAUAUUUAUGGUAAACAAUUAAUUACAUGGGAUAAUAAUGAUGAAGAAAUUCAUAAUCCUGCUUCAUUAGUUUUAAAUACUGAUUUAACAAGACCUUCAACUCCAUUAGUACCAAAUUUUAAAAUUGAAGAUCAAAAUUAUUUUCAACAACAAAUAUUUCAACAAAAACAACAAGUACCAAUAGAAUUAGAUAAUUCAAGUAAUGAUGAAAAAACUAGUUUGAAUGGAAGUCAACAUUCAAAUAAUAAUUCUCCUAAUGAUUCAAAUGGUAAUGGUAGGAAAUUUUUACAUGUAAGACAAAGAACAAAUUCAUUAAAAUUACCAUAUUCAACAUCAGAUCUAUCAUUAGAUCAAAUGAAAGAAAAUCAUUUAUUAACUCCACCAUCUCAUAAUAAUCCAACAAAAUCUUCUUUAUAUCAAAGUACAGUGUUGAAAAAUAAUAUAAAUAUAAACAAUCCAUUUGGUUAUAUAAUUGAAAAAUUUGAACUCAAUAAAAUAUCAAAACCUGAUAAAUUAACAAUUAUACUAUAUUGUUCAUUAAUUGGUUCUUCAUUUUCCAUAUCAGGGUUCUUAAUGAAUGAAUUACCAUCAAUGUAUAAACAACUAACUUCAACUAUUACGUCAGACCCAACAAUUACAACUACUACAUCAUCAGAUUUUUUACAAAUAAUGAUAUUAAUAAUACUAGAUAGUAUAUCUCAUUUCUUACAAACAUUAUUAGCAUUCCAUUUAUUAGGUUCAAUACCAGCAUUAUCUUAUUCCAUAGCAUCAAUGUUAAAAAGAAUAGUACUAAUAACAGUAUCAAUAAUACUAACUUUUAAUUUUUCAACAACAUCAAAUGAUUCCCUUUUAGUAUCUUCAAAAUUAAAUAAUUUAACUUUUGAACAAUGUUUGGGUUUAGUGCUUAUUGGUAUUGGUUUGUAUUGUUAUGAUAGGUGGGGUUCUAGAAGUUUAAAACCUAAAUAG